AUGCCAAUUCCUAAUGGCUUAACUUGGUCUUUGAGGAAAAUUUGGCAUAAUAGAGAAGUGUUUCUGCAGGCCUAUGGAGUUGAUCAGUUUGUGCAGGCUGGAAAAUUUAGAAUUCAGAAAAUGUAUAAGUUUCUUCAUCCAGUUGGAGCUCAGGUGGGAUGGAAGAGAUUGAUCUAUAAUAGCCAUGCUAGUCCAAAGAGUACUUUCAUUAUGUGGCUAGCAGUGCAGAACAGGCUAGCUACAAAAGACAGAUUGAUAAGAUGGCAGCUGAAUAUUGAUGGUACUUGUGGCCUGUGUCAGUUGGAAAGUGAAAGCUUGGAGCACUUGUUCUUCUCUUGUUCUUAUUCUAAGGAGAUUUGGAGACAGGUUCUGCUUUAUCUAGGUGUGACUAGGACUGUGUUGCCUUGGCAUGAUGAAGUACAGAUUGCAGUGAAGAAAAGCAGAAGUAAACAGAAGAAGGCUUGCAAGUAUAGUAUAGCUUUCAUUGAGUCAGUUUACUGUAUCUGGUUGCAAAGAAACUCUAAGAUUGCAGUGAAGGCUUGGAGUCCUAAAGACUUCAUGAGAUCGUACUCGGAGAAUCCUAAAGCCUUCACACUGGCGAGUGGACAGAUGUUCUCUUGA